AUGCAAAUAUAUUUAUUUAUUUAUAUAUUUUUUAGUUCAUUUUUUAAUAUCAAUGGAUCAAUAUGUAGUUUUAAAAAUGCAAUUAAAGAUUCAGUGAUUGAUUUUGAACCAAUUUUUAAUUUAUAUGUUGUUGAUAUGGGUUUUGUUGGUACAUAUGAAUCUAAUAUUUAUUUUGACUUUUGUACAAAUUCCCCUUUGGUUGAAUGUAAUGGAAUAGGGAUUAAUAUUUGCCAAAAACUUUCUUCAAGUGAAAUAUUCGAUUUAGGUUCUCUUUUUAAUGUUAUUUUUAGCGAUAAUAUAAUACAAGUUACAUAUAAAGCCACAGUUGUUGAUGGAGCUCUUUCAACUUGUGCUGACCCUACAGCAUAUGAGAAAUAUAAAAGAGUCACCGAUUUCCUAUUUACUUGCGAUAAAGAUGUUCCCGAAAAAACCGUUGUUUUCGCAUUAGAGACCCAACCAUGUCACUACGAAAUUAGAAUGGUUGGUAAAGAGUUUUGUGAUUGUGAUAGUUGUGCACAAAUUCAUUCAUCUUGUUAUAAUGGGAGAUGCCAAUGUGAUCAAUAUACUACUGGUGAAACUUGUAAUCAACUGAAAAUUAAAAUUGCCCAAGUAAUCUCAACAUCUAUUAAUGGUGGUAGGGGUUAUUUAUUUGGGGAUUUUGGGUCUAUUGUUUCAAAUUUUCAAGUUUUUAUAGGUGUUAUACAAUGUGGAUAUACGAGUUUAAUAGAUCCUUCACAAAUUGAAAUUUUAGCACCUCCAGGUUCUGGCUUUCAAUCUAUUACAAUAACAGAUGGAAUAUCUUCAUACCAUUCACCAAUUUUAUUUGAAUAUACAUUUACUACAUGCUUAAAUGAUUGUUCUCCUCCUCAUGGAAAUUGUGAUUUAGCAAUUGGGGUUUGUUCAUGUAAUAAUCAAACUUUUGGAACAAAUUGUGAAUUAUUAAAUAUAAGAAUCGAUUCAAUUAUAUCAACAACUAUUAAUGGUGGAGUUGGUUAUUUAAAUGGUGAUUUUCGAUUUAUGACACCAAAUUUCAAAGUUUUUGUUGGUGAAACAUUAUGUACAGAUGUCGAAUUGGUAAAUGCUACAACUAUUAGAAUUUCAGUACUACCAGAUAAUGGAUUUAAAAAAGUUAAUAUUUCAGAUGGAAUUUCAUCCUACGAUUCACCAGUUUUAUUUGAAUAUAUAAAUGUUCCUUGUUUAGGUAAUUGUUCUCAACCUCAUGGAGAAUGUAAUUUAUUUUUAGGUGUUUGUACAUGUGAUAAUCAAACCAAUGGAAUAGGUUGUGAAUUUUUAAAUAUUAAAAUUGAUUCAAUAAUUUCAACAACAAUUAUUGGUGGAGUUGGUUAUAUAAAUGGUGAAUUCCAAUUUAUUAUUCCAAAUUUCACUAUUUUUGUUGGUGAAACAUUAGGUACUGAAAUUGAAUUGGUAAAUGAAACAACAAUUAGAAUUUCAGUACCUCCUGGAGUUGGUUUUAAAAAUGUUACAAUAACAGAUGGAGUAUCUUCAUAUCUUUCACCAAUUUUAUUUGAAUAUAUAAAUGUUCCUUGUUUAUAUAAUUGUUCUCAACCUCAUGGAGAAUGUAAUUUAUUUACGGGUUUUUGUACAUGUGAUAGUCAAACUAAUGGAACAGGUUGUGAAAUCUCUAGAAUCUAUAUCGACUCAAUUGACCCAACUGAUGAAAAUGGAGGAAAAACUUAUUUAUAUGGAUUCUUUGGUAAUACAACUUCAAAUUUAUUUAUUCAAAUUGGUGAUAAUCAUUGCAACAAUACUCAACAAAUUAAUGAAACUCUAAUAAAAUGUUAUGUUGGAAUUGGUUCAGGUUUUAAAGAUGUUUUACUUCAAGAUAGAGAUUUACAAGUUAAAGUUGAAAAAUUAUUUCAAUACUUUGCACCAAUAACAACAAACGCUCCAAAACCAUGUUUAAAUAAUUGUGGCGGACCCAACCAAGGUGUAUGUUUAUCGUCAGGUUGUUCAUGUAUUUCACCAUGGAUAGGGAAUGACUGUAUGUAUAAAAUUGUGAAUAUUCCUCAACCAUCUAUUAAUUAUUCAAAUCCAAUAACUGAAAUACCACUUUUUGAAUCAAUUAACAAUACAAAUAAAGAAAUUGAAAAUAAAUUAUUUAUUUCUUUAAUUUCAAUAGUAAAAUUAAGAGAAUUAGAUUUUAAUUCUAAAGAAGUAAAUUCAUUUACAUUUAAAGAAUGGGAAUUUAAAAUAAUAAAUUCAGAAACAAGCCAAUUUAAAACAAACUUUAAAAAUUCAGGAUUAAAUACAAAUGUUACAGUAACAUUACAAUGGUUUAAAACAGAAGCUGACUUUGAAUUUGGUAAUCAAGUUAUUAAAAUGAACCCAUCAUCUAUUAAAUAUACAAUUGAAAUUUCAGAAUUUAAAUUUUUAAGUAAAUUAAAUCAACUACAAUUAAUAAUGAAAGCAUCGAUUUCAGUAAAUAAAACAAGUGAAAUUUGUGCAGAUAAAGAAUUUGGAGAAACAUCAAAUGGAGAUGAUUCAAAUUAUUUAAAAGUUCAAGUUGAUAAUCAUUCGUUAUAUGGUAGAUUCAUUAAAAGAGCAUUAAUCGAUUCAAUUCCAAGAUCAAUUGAAAAUGUUCAAUUAGAUUCAUCAAUGAAUAUUGUUGAUAGUGCAUCUGAAUCUCAAUCAUUUAUUGGUAUUUCUGUACCAUACUUCAAAAAACAAAUUAUAAUUGAUCCUGACUUUUCAAUAUUAGUUGGUACACCUUCAAAUUCUUUUAAUUCAAUUUGUUCAUUAAAUGAUUCAAAUAAUUUUUCAAAAACCAAAAUUUCAGCAAUUGUAAUUAGUGGUUUCUUUGGAAUUCUCACAGUAUUAACAAUUGCAAUUUAUAGCUACUACAAGAAAAAACAUGAUAGAAAUGUAAUAAAUGAACUAAGAUUAAAAAUGACUACAAAACAAGUUGAUAUUUUAAUAUAUAAAUCAGAUGCAAAUGUUAUUGAAUGUCCUGGUUCAGUAUCUAAUGAAAAUUUAAAAAGAGUCACAGAUUUUCAUUUUAAUUGUAAAAAAAAUGUUUCGGGUAUAUCUGUUAUUUCGGCAUCAGAGAGCCAACAAUGUCACUACGAAAUUAGAAUGGAUAGUAAAGAUUUUUGUGAUUGUGAUAAUUGCGCACAAAAUCAUUCCUCUUGUUAUAAUGGAAAGUUUUUUAUUGGAGAUUUAAAAUGUGAAUAUACGAAAUUAAUAAAUCCAACGAAAAUUGAAAUUUUAACACCUCCAGGUUCUGGCAAUCAAUCUAUUACAAUAACAGAUGGAAUAUCUUCAUACCUUUCACCAUUUUUAUUUGAAUAUACAUUUACCCUGUGCUUAAAUAAUUGUUCUCAAUCCCACGGUGUAUGUGAUUUAUCAAUUGGUGUUUGUGCAUGUGAUAACCAAACAAAUGGAACUGUUGUUGAAAACCCAAGGAUCUAUAUUGACUCGAUUAACUCAACUUACGAAAAUGGAGGAACAGCUUAUUUAUAUGGAUACUUUGGUAAUACAUUUUCAAAUUUAUUUAUUCAAAUUCGUGAUAGUCAUUGCAAUAAUACUCAACAAAUUAAUGAAACUUUAAUUAAAUUUGAUUUAGGAGAAGGUUCUGGUUUUAAAGAUGUUUCACUUCAAGAAAGAGAUUUACAAGUUAAAGUUGAAAAAUUAUUUCAAUACUUUGCACCAAUAACAACAAACCCGCCAAAAUAA